CCAUAUAAAUACUUUGUUCAAAAGCGGUAGUUGAAAGAGGGUUACUUUGGGGUUUCUCUCGCUAACCAAGAAGGAACUAGGGUUUUACAGAAUACAAGCUCUCUCUCUCUCUCUCGUCGGUUUUUGUCAAUCAAAUCCAAUCCAAUAUCAAAUAUGAGUCGUCAUCCCGAGGUUAAGUGGGCUCAGAGGCUUGACAAGGUCUAUAUCACGGUGCAAUUGGCUGAUUCAAAAAAUGCAAAAGUGGAUCUUACGCCAGAUGGUAUUUUUACCUUCUCCGGUAGUGCUGGUGCUGAAGACCAUCAGUAUGAGCUAAAACUGGAGCUCUUUGACAAGGUUAACGUUGAGGAGAGCAAAAUUAAUGUAGGAGAGCGAAGCAUAUUCAUUGUAGUGCAGAAGGCAGAGGAUGGAUGGUGGAAAAGGUUACUGCGUGGAGAAGGCAAGACUCCACAUUAUGUGAAAGUAGAUUGGGAUAAAUGGGUGGAUGAGGAUGAAGAUGAGGGUAAUACUGGUGAAGUGGACUUGGGAGGGAUGGAUUUCUCGAAAUUUGGGGGGAUGGGUGCUGAUGCAAUGGGAGGGAUGGAUGCAAUGGGAGGCAUGGGUGGGAUGGAUUUCUCUAAAUUUGGUGGGAUGGGUGAUGCAAUGGAUGACAUUGAUGAGAGUGACGAUGAAGAGCAAGAAGUGUCAAAGCCUGUUGAACAAGAUGCAGGCGAGGGGUCGACCGAGAAAAAAGAGGCUGCUCCAAGCACAUAAUGUUGUUGCAAUCAAGACGCUACCCUAGAAUAUGUGCAUGAAAAUUCUCGAGUGAAAUUUUCUCUAUCCUUACCAUUAAUUGGUAGUUUUUUAAGUAGAGACGUUCAUGUGUCUCUCCCGUGUUGGCUAGACUUUUAGCACUUAUUAUUUUACCACCAAAAAAAAUCUCCUUUAGAAUAUUGUAUAAUUGAGAUAUUUUCAUGCUUGAAUGGCGGUAUCCGGAUUUCUACAUUUUUAUGUGUUAUGUAUGUUUUGAACUUGUUUGGAUGGAUUAAUUUGGUAUCCAAA